AUGUCGCAAGAAACCGAUGUUUCCAAAGCUAAUAAUAGCUUUUGGAACACUUCGUCACCUGCAUCGUCAUCGUCCAAUAACGGAAAAAAGAGAAGUGCGACAGAAUUAAUAAGCACUUCAUCUAUAAUUCCUACUAUUAACACAGAAAUGACAUGCUUUGUUCCUGACGAAGAUGUGCCUUUGAAAGCCAAUGGUUCAUUAGAUAUCCUUGAAGUGAUAAAGUCAGCCAUAUAUGUCGCAAUAUCGAAAUUUGAAUCUCUUUGGUGUCGCCAAAGUAGCUACAUUAGAGCAAUGUCGACAGUAGAUGUGCAUGCAGCUAGUCCUCAUGCAAUUUUGGGAAUAAUAAUCUUUACGGUUACGCCAUUUCAAAUUGCAUUAGGCUUAUUGGCGAUUUGGGGUUGGCUAAUGUCGAAUCAGCAGCUACUAGGUCGUUCGUCAUUUAAAACAUUUAUGUUUUUAUUAGGGGGUUAUUAUAUUUGUAGCUGUAUGGAAUUUAAUCAAAGGGUUAUGACAGGAGCUUACCUUGUUAUAGCGGAAGGGUUAGUAUUAGAUAUCCAUAAAUGGAUUCUAAUACGUCCAGAUGGACAAAAGAUAUUACAACGUGUCAUUGGGACAGAUAUUACCAACGACUUCUUUUUCAAUCCAUCAGUUGUAACAGUAAUUAAUCAGAACUUAACGUAA